CGAAGCAUAUGUAGCCAUAAUUUGCAAUCAGAUUCACCAGUCGGCAGUACUUCACAGAACUUCUGAUUGUUUAGUAAAGUUCACUCGUGAUAAGUUCUUUGACAAAUUACUUAUUUUGUGUAAUAGUUCCAUACUACGCAGUUGAAAAAAGGCGGAAGUGUUUAUUAUAAAAUAUAGAAUCAAUCAAUACUUAUCCCAUAGAGAUUCAUUAAAAUGCCGCCAAUACUUAAUAGUAACAACAAGUAUACCACCACCACAGAGAGCAAAAUCUCUCGGUUAAAUGGAAAUGACGAACUUAAAGAUGUUCAUCAGAACGGAGAACAUACAAGCAAUCGAGAUCAAAUUCCUGAUUCCUUCGAGAGUGAGGAAGUUCUAGAUCCAUUUUGUAAUGCCGAGAGUCCUCAAAAGAUAUCCUUUCAUGAUGUUACCUCAGCGGCGUUUUUAAUAAAAGGUGGAAUCGUGGAGACGCCUUGUCCUAGGUCCCAUAUCUCAGAUGAAAUUGGCAUGGAAUUGUACCUAAAGGAAGAGUUCCUCCAAUUUACAGGAAGUUUCAAAGAACGCGGAGCACGUUAUGCCCUGCUCAAGUUGCCCGAGGCGCAAAAAAACAAAGGGGUGAUAUCAGCCUCGCUUGGAAAUCAUGCUCAGGGUUUAAGUUAUCACGGUUACAAAUUGAAUAUUCCAGUCACCGUGGUUAUGCCUGAAGCAGCCACACUUAUGAAAAUUCAAAAAUGUCGUAGCUACGGCGCUCGAGUUGUAGUCGAGGGAAAGGAUAUGGCUGAAGCUAAAAGGAUUGCUUUACGUAUGUCUAAAGAAGAAGGUCUAACUUACAUAAACGGUUAUGACCAUCCCCACAUUAUGGCUGGUCAAGGAACUAUUGGUUUAGAAAUUCUAGAACAAGUUUCUGAACCGGAUGCAGUUAUUAUUCCUGUGGGUGGUGGUGGAUUACUCGCAGGUAUUGCAACGGCCAUAAAAAGUCUAUCGCCGAAGACGAAGAUAAUAGGUGUUGAAUCAGAAAGGUGUCAAAGUUUUACACGUGCUAUGGAAAAUGGUGGUCCUAUAUAUACUCCAAUAGAGAGUACACUCGCCGAUGGUUUAGCGGUCCCCACAUGUGGAUAUAACGCGUAUGUGACAGCUCUCCCGCUUUUGGAUAAAAUGGUGGUCGUUAAAGAAGCUUGGAUUGCGUUGUCUAUUUUGAGAUUGGUUGAACUGGAAAAAUGUGUUGUAGAAGGAGCUGGGGCUGCGGGACUUGCAGCUAUUCUAUCAGGACAUCUGAAUGAGUUCAAAGGGAAAAAGGUCGUUUCACUAUUAUGCGGUGGUAAUAUCGAUACAACUGUUUUUGGUCGAUGUUUGGAACGUGGCUUGGCUGCCGAAGGUCGUCUCUUACGUUUCAAUGUAACUGUAAGUGAUAGACCUGGUGGUAUUGCUGACUUAUGUAAACUGUUAGCUGAGUUGGGAGUAUCGGUAAAGGACAUUAUGCACGAACGAGCCUGGUUACAUGAUAUAUUCAGUGUAGAGGUGAAAGUUGUAUGUGAAACAAGAGAUUGGGAGCAUAGCGUGGAAUUACGGAAGACCCUGAAAGAAAGAUAUGCACAGGUUAGGUUUAUUGACUCACCAAUGGCGAUACCAGGUUAUGAAAUGAAUGAAUAAAGCAUAUGUUAAAUUA